GCAGCAGCUUCUCAACAGGAAGGAGGAAGCGUGUUCUCGUUGCGCUUGCUCUGUCAUACUAGCAAACCUGGUAAUGUCAGAGAAAGUGGCUGUUUGUCGGCGGCGGUUUAUCAAAGGUAGACUACAGUACAGCUAACAAGGGAAGGAACAAAAAUCGGUAUUGGGUACAGAAAACACGGUUAAUAAAAUAAAGGCGUCAAAAGGAGGACGGUGAUAUCAAAAUGGCAGCCACAAUUGUCUACGAUUCUUCAGAGGCAGUGGAGCUGUGCUCGGACCGGUGCCUGUAUCUGAAGCCCAUUGCCAAGCUGGCGAUCACAGUGAUGCUUCCAGAAUCAAGGGAGGCCAGCAAGACCAUCUCUAACUGGGAGGUGAUAGCCAGGCUCAAGCAGAUGGCUCAGCCCCACCAAUUCAACUCCAUCCGUCUGUCCAGGAGCACCAUGGAGUUUCUCCGCUUUGAGGGAGAGUUGGAGACCAAGAGUCUGGUCCACACGCUGCAGGCCAAGCUACACCAGAAGACAGUAGCAAUCCAGGGCUUCUCUGAUGGUUUGAGGGUCCUGGCUGUGGAAUCCCAAGUGGAUUUUCCCACUCAAGAAGAAUGGGAGUCUUUCUUUGGAGAAGAGAAGCCAGACACCAUUCACCUGGAGGGGCUCCCCUGCAAGUGGUUUACCCCUAAAGAGGCCAGAGACGAGAGACCCAGUGAAGAAACCGUCAGGGAGGUUUUUGGCCGAUUUGGGCCUAUCCGCAACAUGGACAUCCCCAUGCUUGAUAUGUACAGGCAGGAGAUGAGUGGCAGGAACUUCAGCUCUUUCGGUUUGGGAGGGCUGCACACCUUUGACAUGUAUAUCCAGUUUCAAGAACAUGAGGAUUUUGUCAAAGCCAUGGAGGCGUUGAGAGGGAUGAAGCUGAUGUUUAAAGGGGAAGAUGGAAAGGCACUGGCAUGCAGCAUGAAGGUGACCUUUGACACGACAAGCCACCUGAGCGAGGCGGCGCUGGAGAGGCGCAGGUACGAGAGACAGCAGCUCAGGAAGCUGGAGCAACAGAGGCAGCAGGAGAAGCUCAGAGAGAAGGAGCAAGAGGAGUCAGAGAGAAGAAGGAAGGAAGCCCAGCAUGAAAAGAGAAGGCAGGAGAAGCUGAGAAAGCGAGCGCAGAGACGGAGAGACCCGGAGGAGAGAGGUCUCCUGAGGAGUGGCAUGCCUUUCAAAGCUGAAGAAGACCAGGAGGAGGAAGAGAGGAUGGAGGUAGAUAUUUGGGAGGAGAGGAAGCUGGUGUUGGCACUGAGGCGGCUACAGUCCAUCAGGCUUCUUGCUGCGCUGCUUGAAAAAGCUCAACCUCUUGAAAAACUGAAGAUCAAAAGCAAUGUAACUGAACCAGUAGAGGAUCUACCACAGAGUUUCCCAGAGGAACACUUAGAAGAGCAAACCACCAGUGAGAAAUGGGCACAUGGAAAAGCAAACAAACCCCAUGUGGGUCAAGCAGCCACAGUGAUGUCUUGUCACCUUUCAGAGGCCCCAGAUGGGGACCAUUCCACUGCUUUUGAUGAACACACUGGUGAAGGUUUUGAUUAUGGACCCAUAAAAAUAACCAUUAACCCGAACCAACAAGCCAGGGAUCCUGCCCCAACCUCCAAGCAACAUUCCUAUUCCAGUGAUGGGAUGGGUGGCCAUUUGUUUGACCUGGACUACUCUCGCAUAGGAAAGCCAUCCAAACGGCGCAGAAAAGAAAAGAUUUAUGAGUCGGAAGAGUUUCUGAAUUAUUUAUUAAACCAUUAUUCCUACCCAAGAUAUGCCCGAUUUUAUCCCAGCCCUCACCCUGCUUCGGAUCAAGCCUCAGGGUGGGACAGAAUGGUAUCUAAUAAUGGAAACAGCUUCCAAAUAAGCCUGAGGAACACAGACGGCAAAUAUUGUACCGAAGUCUGUAUCAGUCAAAACGAAGGGCAGGCAGGGAGCAACACGGAGGAUCGUUACAAAUGGAAAAUCACCAUCAAAGCGACUGAGCCACUGCAGAGGGGCUUGGGAACUAAAGACAGCAGGUUAAAGGGUUACAGCAGGGAAUUUCAGGUACAGUGGAACAAGUCUGGCCUGCUUGCGGAGGAGGAAGGCUUAGAGCAGUCCAACUGUAAUAAGGGCUUGUAUAAAAAGUCUCCAGUGAAAGGUUUCAGGGUAAACAAGACUGAACAUUGCAGAGAGAGUGCAAAGGAUAGCGAAUGUGCCUUCUUCCCUGCUGACCCUCUGCAUCAAAUAAGAACUUCUACUGAUCUGAAGGACUUCUUUGAAGAGAUAAACAGUGCUUCUGAGUUCACUGGUGAGGAAUACCAGUGGGAAAAUAAGUAUGUCUGCAUGAAAAGCAGGGAUUUUAAAGAACAAAGCAGUGGGCUCAAAGCAAAGAAAAGAACUGGUAAAGCCGCUACCUUUGGAUAUGGAAGCAGGAUUGAGGAGGGAUCUGAAGGGCAAGGGCAGACGGCUGAGCAUGACGUUCUGCAACUUGACGACAGCUCUUUCUUGAGCAGUAAAUCAUUGACAGCCUGCGAUCCAAAGAAGGUGAAAAAGAAGCGAAAGAAAUCCAAAGGGGAAGGAAGAGGCAGUGCGGCAGGUGUGAGUCACGGGAGUAAGAAAAGAAAGAAGAGGAGGAAGGACAAAAAGAAAGAGUGUGAAGGCUCAGCAAGCAGGUCCAACAGCGAAAACGAAGAACGCAGAAAAAAACACAAGAGUGUGAAGCAGGACAAGCCUCAGCACAGACAUCAGAAAAUCAAGGGUGAGUUUUCUUCCAGGGACAAUACAGAAAAAUGCAAACGGUCCAGGGAACAGUGCAAGUCAGAGAAAUGGGCAUACCAGUACCACAAGCCUGACUAUUGGGGGAAUGGCUUUGGGGAUGCUUAUGACUGCAGUGAGGAGUUUGAUGGCUGUAACUAUUACAGUGAGAAAGGUUGGCAGCGCCACAACGGCUUGGAGGAAUACGUUGAUAAAACUGCAAACCCUGCAGCACAGAAAUAUGACCGGUAUGCUCAUAACCAGUUAGACCAACUUUACCAGGAGACUGGCACAGGGAUAAAGGAUGGAUAUCAAUAAAAAAGCAAGCUAAAGAUUGAGACUUCCUGAUUGAAUGUGUCUUCUUGAGUCUCAGUUUAUACAUGAAGAUACAGGGCCUGUCUGCCUUAAACUCACAAUGUUCAACCUUAAAAUAGUUCCAUGCAUUUUCUCUGCCAUGCACAUCCAUUCAUUAUACAGGCCUCAAUGUGCAGUUUUGAAAGAAACGCAUGUUUUUAGCAAACAUGUAUUUUCAUUUUAUAACACGGUAACUGUUACUACACUAGGUUAAAGACAUCUGUGUUUGGAAGCUGGGCUUUUAGACUGUCUUGCACUUUCUGGGCCACCUGGAGGGAGAAAUUGUGUCCACUCCUUCACUGGCUUCUUUCCUCUCAAUAACCAAUUAACUGCUUCCCCUAUUGACUGACAUCCAUCCUUUUAGCCAGUAACAUGCAUUGACCCAGAAGACAUUGCUGGAGGGAAAUGAACAAGGAAGUGAAACACUAACCGACUUCCUGGAAGGCAAGCAAAUGGAGAUCUUCGUGUAGUACCAGAUGUUUAAAAUGAAAAUGCAUGUUUUCUACAAAUUCCUUACAAACUCCAUUAUUGAGACCUAUGUGGCUAAUUGAAGUGAAUUCAUGGAAUUAUUUUGUUAGCUACAAUUACCGUCAGUUUAAAUGUAAUACCUUGGGGUUACAUUUUGUACUAAAUGACGUUUGGUGCUGCCAACUUGACCCACAGUGAACUGCGCUCCUUCAAAUUACAAACAGUCACGCAGUGCAGCACUGUUUACAUUUCCAGGGAAACAAAAAGCCACCCUCAGAUUCCUUUCAGGAAGCUCGCCUUUGCCCUUGCACUGAAUGCUAAAUUAAAAUGAGUAAAUCCUGGUGUAUCAUUGUCAGCCCCAUAUUCUUUUAUAUGACUUAAAAUGAAUGGUCUUGCAUCUUAUUAGCACUAGACAAAUGACAAAUGAUCUUUUGGUUCUUAUGCAUAUUUGCAACAAAAAAAAAAAACUUUCUGUAACAUGAGUUGAAGUGGCAAACCAGUCUUCAGCAACAUGACACAAAGAGAGGGCAAAGACAAUGAACCUGAUGCUAUUAGGAGGUGUUAGUACUCAUAGAGGCACCUGUCUGGUAGUCACGAUGGUGAAGCAUUUACAACUUUUGAUGAUACAAAUUAACAAAACUAAGUUUGUUGAAUUAGUGCAACAAAACAGCAAGCAGUAUUACCUAUAGAGGGGACGGGAAUGCAGUUUUCUGCUUGGUUAGCUUACAGUAGAGAGAAUGGAGGAAUGGAUGUUUGGAAUGAAGACAAUUCCUGUUUCAUGAUCAGCUUCACAACUCAAAAGAAAAUGGUCAACUCAAAAAGAGAUUAAAAUAGAUAGAUAAAAUUAGGUGAGAUAAGGAGAGGAGCAGGUUAGUGCAUUCCUUGAGAUGUUUACACCACAUUACCUGGGGGUGGAGCCAAACCCUAACCUAAGAGUCCUUACAAACAUGAUACCAGCUGAAGAUGCGGAUAGAGAAGUGUCUGUCAGUUUGUUUUUCUACAUGGUGAGAAUAUAUAGAAUCAUUGUAGGGACAAGAUAGAACAUUUUGAAAACAUGAAAAACAAAAGUGAAUGUUCAAGUGUCCUUUGUUUCUUUGGCAGUGUUCCAUUUCUACUGUGAUUUCAGUUGUCUGGGUGCUAUCCAGGAAAGCAGUGUUGUGCUGUGGUUUGCUGUGUUUGAUCCCUGUGUUUGAGGUCAGUUUGUGGAAGGGUUUUGGGAAUUCCACACUACAUGCAACCCUGAGUCUGUAUUCUCUCAGAAGAGUUUAAUAUUUCAUCCUGAUGUUUCCCUAUACCUACAUAGGGGCUAUAUAUGUGCAUUAUACCAUGAAUUAGUUACAUUUUGUUAAAUGUUUAUAUAUUUUUUAAACAACUUUUUAUAUUGGGUAUGCAAUUAAUAAAAUGUACUUCAGCAUCUCUUGAGAUAGUCAGAAUAAAGCUGGGCAUUGUUAACAAACUAAGAAUGAAAAUAAAAAUAUAUAUAUAUACACACACACACACACACACA